AUGCUUAUCAACAAUAACAUAAUUGUUGGUGUCACUGCUGCUGUACUCUUGACUUUAUCGGGAACUCUGGCUAGUUUCCUCGAUAAGCCUAGUAUUGCUACCUAUUGGGGGCAGAAUUCCAAAGGAGGAGUUGAUACCCAAAAACCACUUUCGUUUUACUGCGAUGAUUCGUCUGAUCUUCUAAUUAUGUCAUUUGUUCUUAAUUUCAAAGAUGGAGGCCUUCCUGUGCUUAAUCUGGCUAACGGUUGUAAUGGCCCUAAUUUCCCCGGAACAGGACUUUUACAAUGCCCUGACGUUGGCACAGAUAUUAAGAUUUGUCAAAACAAGGGUAAAACCGUCUUGAUGUCACUUGGUGGUGCAGCUGGUAUUUAUGGCUUUGCCAAUGAUGCUGAUGGUGAGGCCUUUGCUGAUACUCUUUGGAAUCUUUUUGGUGCUGGAUCCAGCUCAACUCGUCCCUUUGGUGAUGCUGUGUUGGAUGGCUUUGAUCUUGACAUUGAAGGUGGCGGGCCUACAGGUUAUGCCGCGAUGGUUAGACGACUUCGUACACAUUUCAGUACUGAUAAGUCCAAACAAUACUUCAUUACCGGUGCUCCUCAAUGCCCUUUCCCUGAUGCUAUGAUGGGUACAAUUAUGGAUCAAGUCGGAUUUGAUGCUGUAAAUGUCCAAUUUUACAACAAUUAUUGCUCAACUACUAGUGGAAGUUUUAACUUUAAUACUUGGGACACCUGGGCAAAAACAACCUCGCCAAAUAAGAAUGUCAAGAUCUUGUUGGGUCUCCCAGGAUCAAGUGCUGCCGCUGGUAGCGGAUAUGUCCCUUUUAGUCAAUUGCAACCAAUCGUCAAAGACCUCUCUAACACCUAUUCCAGUUUCGGCGGUGUCAUGUUAUGGGAUGCCUCUGCUUCUUACGCCAACACGGAUAUAUCUCCUUCCUAUCAAGUGGCCGUUGCUAAUUUAGUUCACGGACUUGCUAACGGUGGUUCGACCCCUAGUACAACUAGUACUAUUUCUACAACUAAGACUGCAUCUACUACAACUAAGACCACAUCUACUACGACAAAGACUACUGCUACUACUACUACUAGUACUACUGCUGCACCAACCAGCACACCCGUCACGUGUAUCAAGGACGGACAAAAAUGUUCUAUUGAAGGUCAAGUUGCAUGUUCCGGAAACUCCUUUGCUAUGUGUAACCAUGGAGCAUGGGGACUUCAAGGAUGUCCUAGCGGUCUUACAUGUUUCUCUACUACGGACGGUAGCUCCGUUUACUGCGGCCAAGGCAGUGGUAGCAGCACGACUUGCGACUUAAUCAGUACACUUGAAAUUACACGUAAUACAUUGAAUACGGGGGUUGUGAAGAAGACGAUUGGACCAUCUGCUAAACCAUACAUGGGAGGUCAUGUUAUUGCCCAAUUCUCGGUUACGAAAUCUGACGCAAAGUCAUUCACAGCACUUGUCAAUGUUCGUCGAUUUGAUAAAAUAAGUUUUGGAAAGACUAUUACUGCGCAAUUUAAGGUUGCCGAUAAUAUUACAGUGACCAGUGUAGAAGGAGGAACUGUUAUUCAAAAAGGUAAUCAAGUCAAGGUUCAAUUGAAGAAUGAAAAGAAGACCAUGAUGGCUGUCAUUCAAUUGAAAGGACAAAUCAAGGGUGGGAUUUUUGUUGCACCCAAAGUAAACACCAUGAAGUUUUACUAAUUAAUAAGCCAAUUUGAUUAAUUUGAAAUAAACACUUACAUUAUAAGGAAUUUUUUUCCUAUUGGGUAACAAUAUAAACAAUGGAAGGGUCUUGGCGUAAAAAGCUAUUAAUUGAACAGCUGUUCUUUUUUUGUUGAACAAUAGAAAAGAAGG